AUGGAUUGUCUCAGAGUUAACAAUACAACUGAUAUUAAAACACAAAAUAAUACAAAAGACGACAAGACCAAGACUACUCCCGCAUACGAUAGAUUCAAGACACCUCUAUCUAAAUUCUUGACAUCCCCACUAGAAUCUCCCAGCCAGGUGAAAGCUUCGCUGCCCGGCAACAUUCGAAGAGAGUUACCUACCUCACCAACGGUUGGAAAGAGAGGGUUCCGUACCAGAAACAACCUUGUCGACAGUCAACGAGCGGCUCACAGCCUACCCGCUCAUGACAGUCUAUAUUGGAGACUUCUUGAGGAGACUCGUCGUCAACAUGAGUGUCCUAGAGGUAUUUUGACAAUGCCCGAGACUCAAGACGAUGGUGCUCAAGAGAUGGCAUCGCCUACAAUCAUGUAG